AAAGCAGCAGUUGGAGAUGCAGAACAAAACCAUUUCAUUGUUAAACGUUUCUUACAAUGUUUUACAGGAAGAAAUUAAGCAAAUUAAAAAUAGAGAACUGGAUGUCGGAAAUAAAUCCAAAAUAUUUUCAACAGAUAAUGAAUUAUUUAGAGAACAACUAAAUGACGUAAGAAAUACUCUAAGAGAACUCAAAGGUUCCUUAUAUAAGGGACGGUUUCAAAAGAUGGAAAAUAGUUUUAGGGACUACUCAAUAUCAAUCAAUGAGACCCUGGAUGGAUUACUCGAGGAUCAUAGAGUUCUUAAUCAACAGGUUUUGAACGUUUCUUCUUCUCUGUCUAAUGUUGAAUUAAUAUUGCAACCGAAAUCAUGCUACAAUGUCCUUGAACAAAACAAAUCAUUGAAAGGAAAAGAUGGCGUAUAUAAGAUUUCGAUUAAUUCUGACAUCACUUCCGUCUUUUGUGACAUGACCACGGAUGGAGGCGGAUGGACGGUUAUACAGAAAAGAAUAGACGGAUCAACUGAUUUCUAUCGAACUUGGGAAGAAUAUAAAAAAGGUUUUGGGGAUCCAAAGAACAACUACUGGAUUGGGAAUGAUGCAAUCCAUGUAUUAACCAAAGAUCAGGACCAGGAACUGCGAAUAGAUCUCCAGAGAUUUAAUGGGGACACAGCGUAUGCUGAAUAUUCCACGUUUUAUAUCGGAAACGAGGCUGAUAAAUACCGACUCACAGUAUCCGGAUACAACGGAACUGCAGGUAAAGAUAUUCAGUGACAUAAC